AUGAAGGCCCACACGACACCCCUCUUCGACGCCCACAGAGCGCGCCUGGCCGCAGCAAAGCAGAAGGCAGAGGAAGCGCGGGCCUUCACCCCGGCCUCCGACGACGCCGAGGAUGACGACGAGGAGUAUACGUCGGUGGAGAGCAGCCUCCCACACUCGGAGUCCGUGUCGUCAUACGGAUCUACAUCUGGUGGCGACGAGACAGCGGGCUCCGAGUUGUGGGAGGAGGAGGAUUAUGCAUUUGCAGCGAAUCGCGAGGCUGCCCCUAUUCCGGGCUGUCUCCAUCGAUCGCGGGAGUUGAGAGCGGAACGUUCCAUGAGAUCAGAAUGCAGAGCGACUACGACGGCGACGGCGACUGAAUUCGAUCUGCAGUCUGAGAGGGAGUGUUAUAAACAACCCGUUUCAGCCACAGCUGCCUUUUAA